AUGGAGAAGAAAGAGAAAAGUGAACGACUCCGAUCAGCGAAAACAUCCCUUGGGAUAAACAAUACUCUUCAAACUGCUGAUAGCUGCAUUUAAGCCUAAAUAUUUGGCAUGGAGUGAGAGACUGAGGCAAUCUCAACAUGCUGACCCAAAGUCAAUCACUAAUCUUCUGAAAAUGAGCUGUGAGCUGUAAGGUAGAACAGUGUCUGGUGUGCAGUGGAUGUCCAGCACAGACUAUUCAUGUGAAAUCUGAUGGAGACAAUGGGAUAGACACAGUUGCUGCCUCAGCACCCUUGUAGGCUAAAGCUCCAUUCACUGCAAUCAUAUAUAUUUGGUCCAGCUCCACAGUCAGGUACGGUCAUUUCAGAAUACAGUCAGCAGAAGAGGUAAACAUGAGUGAACCACAGAGCACUCCAGAACAGAUGGCAGCUGGCAAGAGCCAUGGUGGCAUUGGCGGCAACUACAAGAUAACGCUCUAUGAAUUGGAGAAUUUCCAGGGGAAGAAGUGUGAACUCACUGGAGAAUGCCAGAACUUGGGAGAGAAAGGACUUGAGAAAGUUGGGUCCAUCCAGGUGGAAUCCGGACCAUGGCUCAGUUUUGAGCGCCAAGCAUUUGGUGGGGAACAGUUUGUCCUGGAAAAGGGCGACUAUCCAAGAUGGGACACCUGGUCUAACAGCCACAGGAGCGACUAUCUGAUGUCCAUCCGUCCCUUAAACAUUGACAGCCCUGACCAUAAGAUCCACCUAUUUGAAAAUGCUGGCUAUAAUGGAAGGAAGAUGGAGAUUGUGGAUGAUGAUGUACCCAGUCUGUGGGCUCAUGGCUUCCAGGACCGUGUGGCCAGUAUCAAAGUCCUCAAUGGAACUUGGGUAGGGUAUGAAUACCCUGGCUAUAGAGGUCGUCAAUAUGUCUUUGAGAAGAAUGAAUACAGGCACUGGAAUGACUGGGAGGCCAACCAACCGCAAAUACAGUCUGUUCGCCGUAUCCGUGACAUGCAGUGGCACAAACGUGGUUGCUUUGCUCCAGCCCCAGUUGCAGCAGCUGCUGCGGCACCUGCCCCCGCCCCUGCCAGUAGCUGAAGGAGAACAAAGCACACUCACAAGUUGUCACCCUCUUCUGCUGACAAGCACGGCAA